UUUCACUCUGAAGCGCUACACAACUUUGCACCUGAAUGAAUGCCAAACCUCUGUGGAUAUAUAAAGGGAAACUUGAGGAGGAAUUUCACAGAGUGCAGAAGCAGAGGAAAAAGAAUUAACUAGCUCUUCAGCCAGGCAAAUCAUCUACUCACCAUGUUUCCUCCUGCCAUUCAUUUCUAUCUCAUCCCCCUUGCAUGCAUCCUAAUGAAAAGCUGUUUGGCUUUUAAAAAUGAUGCCACAGAAAUCCUUUAUUCACAUGUAGUUAAACCUGUUCCAGCACACCCCAGCAGCAACAGUACGUUGAAUCAAGCCAGAAAUGGAGGCAGGCAAUUCAGUAACACUGGAAUGGAUCGAAACACUCGUGUUCAAGUGGGUUGCCGGGAGCUGCGUUCCACCAAAUAUAUCUCAGAUGGUCUGUGCACCAGCAUCAGCCCUCUGAAGGAGCUGGUGUGUGCUGGUGAGUGCUUGCCUCUGCCAGUGCUCGCCAACUGGAUCGGGGGAGGCUAUGGAACAAAGUACUGGAGCAGGAGGAGCUCCCAGGAGUGGAGAUGUGUCAAUGACAAAACACGCACCCAGAGGAUCCAGCUGCAGUGCCAAGAUGGCAGCACCCGCACCUACAAAAUCACGGUGGUCACCGCCUGCAAGUGCAAGAGGUACACCAGGCAGCACAACGAGUCCAGUCACAACUUUGAGAGUGUGUCGCCUGCAAAGCCAGCUCUGCAUCACAGAGAACGGAAAAGAGCUAGCAAAUCCAGCAAGCACAGCAUGAGUUAAAACUCAAACUCUCAACACUGGACUGACUAGUAACCAUCUGCUUUACAGAUUCGAUUGCUUGGAGACUCAAGCCUGCCAUUGUUAUUUUCUCACUUGAAAAUAUAUGCUUUCUUCUUUGAUCAAACCCAGCAAGCUGUCCUAAGUGUCAGGACCUUCUUUGGAGAUAGUUUUUCCUUUUUAAGUUUUGCAAGAUGUAUGUAUAUCCAUGAGUGCAAUUUUCUUUUAAAUUCCAUGCAUUUUGUAGCUUUAAUUCCCCUGUGGUUCUUAAAAGACUGGUGGUACUAUAUAUAUAUGUAUAUUAUAUAUAUAUAAUUAAAUCAUUACUUUUUUAAAAAGAAAAGGGCCUCUCAGUUACCUUCCACCCCUCAACCUGUGUGCUACCCAGACACACAAACCUUCAAAACUGAAAAGUUAAAAAAAAAAGUUGCUGUGACUCUUCACAGUAACAUUUCCGAAAGGUGCUUUUUUCUGUUAAUUUUCAUGGGAACAGUUUAACAGCCGUGAGUGAUCUCCCUUUGAAAGAGACUUAAAAUGCUUGUGACAUUUUACUUCAAAAUUAAGCCCUGUAGCUUUAUGCAAUCACAUAGUAUGAAAUUAUACCCUGCAUGCUGACCCUCACUUGUAAUGGAAUGCCAGAAAUGCAUGGCAGCAGCUAAUAAGUAAAGCUGAUUAUUUAUUUGUCAAUGUUAUUAUUUAAUUAGCUUUCACAUGUGAUUUUUUUAAAAUGUUAAUUUUUAUGUUUUGAAGCUUUUUCAUGUACCUACAAAUUUUCCUAUAUGAUUUGUGGUUGAUUUAGAAAUAUGAGAAUACAUUUUGUAGAUAUGUAAAAUAAAUAUUUUAGUCUCCUUAUUACAUAUAUGUUUCAUCAUGAACUUUGUCAAUAAUAUGGCUCCUUUUUAAAUCAAUACGAUUCUUUGUAAAGCUGAAAUAUGUAAUAUUUUCUUGUUUGAUCUGUACAGUCAGAAGAAAACUUGACCUUCAAUUCCACUGGUUUCUCUUAACAAAAAUAAAUACUGGUAAAAGUUAUUGUCCUUGCCUCUGACAUAAAAAGGGACAUGUUUGCAAAAAUUGAGGAAUAAA